AUGGAACUGCUAAUGAAUAUAAUGAAAGACAGGAUACAGGAACUUGAGAAUACAUUAAAGGAAAGAGAUGAAAAACUGAAUACCACAUCUGGGCAGAACAAGAUGGCUGUGAAGGUUAUACAAGGGCUGCAGAGCAAGAAUGAUGAAGUGAAUGAAAAGCUGAAGGAAGUGCAGGGUGAAGCAGACAGGUUGAGGGAGGACGUUCACAAGCUGAAUGUUGAGAAACACGAGGUGGAGGGGCGUGGCCGGGACGAGCUUGCGGUCAGAGACGAUAAGAUCAGCCAACUUACUCAGACUGUGCACGACCACGAACAGAGGCUGGAGAAUCUGAUGCGAAGCCUGGGUAAAAAAGAUGGUGAACUUGGAAACUUCAGACAGCUGCUUGCUCAGGCACAGGAUGCCCUCAGACAGAGUGAGGUGGCUGUUGAGAUUCUUCAGGAUGAGUUGAUGAAGGAGAAACGCCAGGCUGAAGAAGGCGUGGAGAAACAAGCCGCACAUUACAAGAAUCUGUUGUCCGACGUGGAGACUCAGGUGAAGAACAAAGACGUCUUGCUACAACAGAUGACCGACCGGCUGGACGCGAAGGACAGGCAGCUUCAGGACUGCAUGGACUUCAUCCAGGCAGAUAAAAAAGACAAGAACUCCACACUAGACAACCUGCUGAAGAAGAUGGAGGAACGACUGAAGAAGAAGGAUGAAGAGAUUGAGUAUUUAGGAAACGAAAAUGAUGAAAAGAAUGAAAUUAUCAAAGAAUUGAACAAAAAACUACAGGCCUUCCAAAGAGCUUUGAAGUUUCAGCCUGGCCAGCACGGGGAUGUCCCGGAUGACAUACUGCACGACAUGAACAGGCUGAAGAGGGAGUUAGCUCAACUGAGGGAACAACAGAAUAACAAACCUGUGUAUGGUGACAGUGCAGCCAAUAUGGUUCCAGAGUUGUUCAAGUUACUUGAAGAACAGUUGAAGGAAAUGCAUUACCUGAGCGAGUCACUGAAACAGGAACAUCAGAUUUUCAUCACCUUGAACGCCAGAGGCGAAGACGGAGACAAGAGUGGUGUGCCGGCGGACCGUGCGGCCACGUUUCACACAGAGCUCGGAGCUGUACAGAGUCUGAGGGAGCAGCUGCAGGACACUGUGCUGCGCAACAACAGCCUGUGGCAGCAGCUACACCACCACGUCAACACAUCGGCCGCCGCAACACAUGGGGACACACACUUAGAUGAAGAUUUUGUGAGACCGAACAGAAAUCAGUCCCCAGGUGUGUUUAACAAAGCUGUUGCAACGAGCCCACGUCGUCAUAGAGACAGUGAUAACGGGAAAUACAUUUCUUCUCGGACAUCACCAGUUGCUCGCACACGGUCAGAAAUUCACACACAGACAUCUCCAGUUGGUUGGACCCAAUCAGAAAUUCAUAAACAGAAAUUGCCAGUUGGUCACACAAGGUCAGAAAUUCACACACAGACAUCACCAGUUGGUCACACAAAGUCAGAAAUUCACACACAGACGUCACCAGUUGGUCACACAUGGUCAGAAAUUCACACAGAGACGUCACCAGUUGGUCACACACGGUCAGAAAUUCACAUACAGACGUCACCACUUGAUCGUACAAGGUCAGACAUUGACACACAGACGUCACCAAGGAUACAGCUUUAUACAUCAUCUGAAGCAUCUCUGUCUCAGAGUGGAAGAGGUCACGAUGGGCCUUCACACAGAAGAGACCAGAGUGGAAUGGUUCCUCAGGACUCUCCUGCACACCAGAGAGACAGACCUCUGCUAGAACCACAUCCAGGUUUUUUCAAUGUGGCAGAAACGUUUGUCUUGGAACACAGGGAAAGUGCUAUACUGGACACUGAAGCGAUAGCUGGCAUGACAUCAACGAUGCUGCGUAAACUGGUCUCCCAGCUCCAGGACGAUCUGUUGUCUGCCCUCAAACAGAACCACCAGCUGCAACAGCAUGUGUUGAGCACGCACGUGGAAGCAGGAAACAUUCCAGGGAACAGGGAGCAUCAUGAGUUGAGCAUGCACGUGGAAACAGAUGUUACCAGGGACAGGGAGCAUCACAUGCAUACAGGAGACAUUCCCGAGAACGGGAAUCCGUCUGUGAUGGACCUGCAUCACCUGAAGGAGGAGGUGAGUGAGCUGAGACGGUUCCUCGAUGGGAAGGUGGAGGAGAACCACGUGCUGCGUGAACACCUGGCACUCGACCCCGACAAGCAGCUCGACUACGCGGCCCUGCUCAGCGUGCAUGACCUGCAGAACGAACUGGUCAAGGUACACUCACAGCUCAACGAUGUUCUCAGUCUUAACGAGUCCUUGAAGAAACAGAUAAAUACGAUUACCAUGGACAGUUACACAUCAGGUCUUAAUGCAGAAACGAUGGUGGACCUGGCAGGUGGAAUUGAAAUUCUCAGGUCUAGACCAGGGGAAUCCGGUGAUACAGUGUGUCGUGAAGAAGGGUUAGGUCUGCAUAGAGAAGCUGUAAUGCAAGAUGCUUCAGUUCAGGCAUCUCCAUCUGUGUUCUCCAUUCCCAGACUGAGACUGACGCAUUCUUGUGAUGAAGUGGACACUACAUUACAGAGCAGUGACGACACUGUUUCUAGUCAGUCUGUGAAACCAAGCCGGAUUCCACGCUUGAGAGGCCAGUCCAGUGAUACGACCGCCCACCCAGUAACCUCCUUGCUGUCACACGAACACCACCCACUGAUCGUGGAGCGUCGGCUACACGACCAGCUCAACCAGCUCACGGCCAAACUGGCGGCCACGGAGGAGACGGUGCAUUACCAGACACAGAAGAUGAAACAUUACAGGAAACUUCUUCAAGAGGCUGGCCUGGGACUGCUCGAUUCCAGGUCCCAGAGUGAACUCUGUCUCAACAAGUCUGCACCAAAGUCAUUCCACGCUUCAUUCGAGUGUUUGUAUCCAUCGAAACCGGGUGACAAAUCUGGAGUGUCUAUGACAGCGAGUGGGAGUGGCUUGACUAACUCGCUAUCCCCACCACGAGAUUUCUCUAUAAAGCGAACAUUCUCUCACGACAACAUCGCUGAGGCGUGUUGCACACCAGAAGACGGUGUCCGGCAGAAGAUAAAGAAUCUGGAGGAACAGCUUGAGCUGAGUAAAUAUGAAAACCUGGAACUGCAGGAGAAACUCAACGAGUUCCAGCAGUCGGCCAGUGUCAGGUCAAAAGAGAGAGAGAAUGUCGAGGUGAUGUCACUGGAGAGAAAGAACGCACUGGAGAGAGGGAACAUUGAGCUGACAUCACAGGAGAGAGAGCACUUUGAGCUGAUGUCACAGGAGAGAGAGGCUGCCGAGCUGACGUCACUGAGGAAUGAGCUGGUGGACUCUGAGAAGGCCAACGCGAUGCUGAGGCAGCAGCUGGAGGAAGUGAACACCUUCCUGUCCGAGAUCGUCCAGCUGAACUCGGACGAAGAUGAUCGCCACUUGUCCGGCACUAACAGCAUCCAGGAGUACCUCGACCAGAGUGUGGACUUCCUACAACACGCAGCCUCACACAGCUUCACCUCGGCUCUCCACGACAAGUACUGUAAAGCUCUUCAGCAGAUUCACCAGCUCAAAGAUCAGCAAAGACACAAUCAACAGCAGCCUAAAAAAGAGGGUGAGCAAACGACGAAGGCCGGGCGUGGAGAGGGUGCGUCGCUGGCCCUGACGAGACAAGUCGGUUACAAGGGACAGAUGGGCUCGGACACAGACUCCCUAAGGUCAACCAGUCCAUCGGACGGGCGACCCAAACAGUCUUCUGUUGGCAACCACCAUUCACUGACCUUGACACGUGCUGUGGCAGCGCGAGAAAACCGUAGUGCAGAGUCGGACAUAAUCAUGGUGUACAAGCAGACGGAUGAAAACUACGGCCGGCCCGUGACGUCUCUGAUUGCUGACUGCUCCAUGGAACAGAUGAGGCACCGCGCGGUGAGCGGCAAUUCAACAGUUGAAUCUCGCCACCUGACCAGCAGUCUGAGCGCCCUCGACAACAUGAGACAGAGGUACAACAGUGGAUUGCUGGACGGCGGUCACUCUCCGUCAUCCAGGUACAUUGUCCACUCGGAGAAAGACAGCGUGCUGUCAGUCUCCAAUCACAUCUCUACCAAUGGUGACAGUGACAGCGCCGUGUUGCCGGGGAUGGCAGUGCUCGGCAACACAAAUGGGAGUGUUCUAGGCGGGGACAGCAGUAGACUGUACUCCAGUCACUACAACAGCAAGUUUGAUUUCUCUCAGCUGUACGACACGACUCUGAAUGCUCUAGACAAGCGCCACGAUGAUGCGGGAGAUGUAGCAGACAGCGUUGGCAGCCGGUCGCUAACGGACCUGCUCAGUGACGUGUCGAGUUCUCAGACCAGACUCUCAGAGGUGAAAGAUCCACAGUCGAAUUCACAGGAGAUGGUCAGACAGUUGAAGUCGAGACUGCGUGCGGUGGACAACAUGAACCGCACUCUGAGAGACGAACUCAGUAUUUACGAGACGUUGUGCACAUCUGCAGGCCUCGACAAAUCGUGUGGUGCCGUGGUUCCGUCGGGCAAUUCUACGGGAAACGACACGCUCAAUCUGAAGGAACAUCUGGCCGAGAUUCGAGCCCUGCGACUCAAAUUGGAGAAGAGCUUGCUAGACAAUGAGAAACUGAACGAACAACUGAUGAUGCAGCAGCAAUCCGUCGUGGUUCACUACGAGUGUGAGUUGAGACUGAGGAAGCUACAGGAGAUUAUCGCCGGUCUGCAGGGUGAGCUAUCGCGCAAAGACGGCUCGUGCAGCGCGUACCACAGCCAGUGUGAGAUCAAACUGAGCGACCUGCAGGACACCAUUGACAGACUGCAUACCGAGCGCAUGGAGAGGGAGAAUGCGGUUAAGCAGAGGGAGAAUGAGGUCAGUCAGAGGGAGAACGAGGUCAGACUCUGGGAGGACAAUGUUAGACCGAGGGACAAUGUUUACAGUCAGAGAGAGAAUGUGUACAGUCAGAGGGAGAAAUUGUACAGUCAGAGGGAGAACGCGGUCAGACAAAGGGAGAAUGAAGUCAGUCAGAUGAAAAAUGUGUACAGUCAGAGGGAGAAAAAACAGGAGGACAGGAUACGUGAGUUGGAAGACAGUCUGAAAACCCUGCACAACGAACUGUCUGAGAGAGACACAUUGUCAAGUGUGAACCAGAAACAGGAGGUCAGGAUACAUGAGUUGGAGGACAGCCUGAAAACCCUGCACAACGCACUGUCUGACAGAGACAUGUUGUCAAGUGUGAACCAGAAACAGGAGGUCAGGAUACGUGAGUUGGAGGACAGCCUGAAAAGCCUACGCAGCGAACUGUCUGAGAGAGACACAUUGUCAAGUGUGAACCAGAAACAGGAGGUCAGGAUACGUGAGUUGGAAGACAGUCUGAAAACCCUGCACAACGCACUGUCUGACAGAGACAUGUUGUCAAGUGUGAACCAGAAACAGGAGGUCAGGAUACGUGAGUUGGAGGACAGCCUGAAAAGCCUACGCAGCGAACUGUCUGAGAGAGACACAUUGUCGCGCGUGAACCAGAAACAGUACGAGGCGACCAUCAGUGAGCUGCAGGGUUGUGUGAAGACGCUGCAGGAAGAAUUGGUCAGGAAGGACGAGGCCGUGAAUGUGUUCAAGAAGCAGACAGACUCGAAGCUAAGCGAGCAGCAGACGUGUAUCCGAUCACUGCAGAGUGAGCUGGCACAGCGGGAAAAGGUGAUCACAGAGAAACACACUCUGAUCACAGAGAAGGAGAAGAUCAUUCGCGAGUCGACCGUGUGCCUGGAGAGACACGAGCGGGAGCGGAGCGAGAAAGCGAGUGAGGUGGCCAGCAGAGAGAAGCUGGUCCGCGAUCUGGAACAGAAGUGUCACAAACUGGAACUACAUCUGAAGAAAGCCACUAAAGAAAUCAAAAGACUCCAGGCCGAUACACAUGGCCUUGUAGAACAAGUGGCCGAGAAGAGCAAACUGAACAAAUCUCUCAAGUUGGAGCUGUCCGUUCAUGAACGCCUCCAGACUACCAGCACUAGUGAAGACGAUAACAAGUCUCUAAUUCGAGAACUGCUGACUGAGCUUCGUCACUUGAGAGUUCAGCUGGAGAAGGCGAUUGACACCAACAACAACCUGAGGCGGACCGUGGAGAGUUUGUUAAAACAGCAGGCCGACCAGAACCGGAUGGGCAGCACCAGAAACGACAGUCCAACCGGAUCACUUACGACUGAUGCGACAGACGGGCGACCCAGUCCUGACCCGCACCACUCGCAGUCUAGGAAACAGUCGAGGAGGGAAACUCACACAACACUGUCUACCACAAGUGAACAUCAGUCCGAGGUGUUACCUAGAAACCGCAUUCUCUCUGUGACAAGUGAACAUCGAUCCGAGACGUCGCCCAGCAACCACAUUAUCUCUGACGAUGGAGCUGUGUCUGAUGUGUCCGAGUGUGCCAGCAGUGAUAUUGCACGUCACUAUUCCAUAUCUCACCAUCAGCCGGCCACAACCUUGCCACUCACCGCCUCACAAAAACAGGCUUUGUAA